CUCGUGUGUUUGCGCUAAUUGCGGAGCUCCGCUAUAACAGAAGAUAAAAUGUAGAAUCUGAUGAACGUUUCUCUGACAGAUUUCCUACUUGUUUGGUUGCGUUAAAACUGCGCAGGGAGGAUGAGGAGCAUUUACGCGCAUUUUCCGCAUCUUCUUCUCUCUUGUUUCUCCUCAGGAUGAAAACACAACAUCUCUGGACUUGGAGCGAGUAGAUGUUGGAGCUGAUGGAAACACACGACUCUGUUUCUCUCCAUCUUUUCUGUUUCCAGUGGAUUUAAUCCUGAUGCGACACUUGUUCCAGAUUUUGAUUUAAUUCCGAAGUGAAUUGACGCUUAAAACCCAGGCAGAGCCGAAGAAGACCUGCUCCUCCUGCGCUGCCUUUAUUUAUUUGAUUUGACUCUACUGAAUAAUGUGUUUCCAGUGUUGAUCUGAAGGAUUACAGCUGAUUUUUUACAUGUAGACGAGGCUCAGUGUGUUUGAGGGGAUCCGUCAGAGGCUUAUAUAAGAGCAGCGUCAUGUAUGCAGGACGCAAGAGGAGAAAACCGGUCCAGAGAGCGGUGAAGCAGCCGCCGGCCGAAGGGGCCAAAUCCAACCCAUCCAAACGGCACAGAGACCGGCUGAAUGGCGAGCUGGAGCGGCUGGCCAGCCUGCUGCCUUUCCCUGAAGAGGUCACCGCCAGUCUGGACAAGCUCUCCAUCCUCCGCCUCAGCGUCAGCUACCUUCGCGCCAAGAACUUCUUCACUGUGGCCCUGACCAGUAGGAACGGAGCGACUCCAGCUGGUGUGAAUGAUGACGACAGUAAAACAGCAGCAGUGGUGGAGACAAAGAUCCCUGAAGGAGAACUGUUGCUGCAGGCUCUCAACGGCUUCAUCCUGGUCAUCACCGCCAGUGGAACCAUCUUCUACUCCUCUCACACCAUCCAGGACUACCUGGGCUUCCACCAGACGGACGUCAUGCACCAGAGUGUUUAUGAACUGGUCCACACAGAGGACCAGCAGGAGCUCAGGAGAAGCCUGCACUGGGCUUUGAAUCCUCCUGUUGCGUCUGCAGCUGCCAUCACCCAGGACUCCCCCCAAGAGAUGGAACCUGAAAGUUGCUCGUCUCUGGUCACCUACAAACCUGAACAGCUUCCCCCAGAAAACUCGUCCUUCCUCGAGAGGAGCUUUGUUUGUCGUUUCCGCUGCCUGCUGGACAACUCCUCCGGCUUUCUGGCGUUGAACAUCCAGGGCCGGCUCAAGUUUCUGCACGGACAGAACCAGCGACAAGAAAAUGGAGGGAAGGCCCCGCCGCAGCUCGCCCUCUUCGCCAUCGCCACUCCUCUGCAGCCUCCAUCCAUCCUGGAGAUCAGGACCAAGAACAUGAUUUUCAGAACCAAACACAAGCUGGACUUCACACCUCUGGCCUGUGACGCAAAGGGGAAGAUAGUACUGGGGUACACCGAGGCUGAACUGCGGGUUCGAGGAUCUGGGUAUCAGUUCAUCCACGCAGCAGAUAUGUUGUACUGCGCAGAAAACCAUGUCAGAAUGAUGAAGACAGGAGAAAGUGGUCUGACCGUGUUCCGGCUCCUCACCAAGGAGAAUAUCUGGAAAUGGGUCCAGGCUAACGCCAGACUGGUUUACAAGAACGGCAAACCGGACUACAUCAUCGCCACCCAGAGGCCUCUCUUGGAGGAGGAGGGAGGAGAACACUUGCGUAAGCGCUCCAUGCAUCUGCCCUUCACCUAUGCCACAGGGGAGGCCCUGCUCUACCAGUCCAACCAUCCCAUCGCAGGCUUUGGAGAAGGAGGCCACGAGAAAAAUGGAAGUAAAUCAAAGAAGAGCCGCACUGAACGGCUGAUUAGGGACGGUCUGGACCCUGGCUCCCUCCUGGGGGCGCUCAUGAGUCAGGAUGAGUCGGUUUAUGUUUGUCAGCCUGCCCUGGACCCCAAGAUGUCAUUCCACAGCACCUUCUUUGGAGAGCAAAUGGGCUUCUCUGACUCUGAACCCUCCAGCUUGCACCAGAGCUGGGACGAGCUGAGCAACGGUGUGGUGGGUCCAGGCAGCACCGAGCCGAACACGGGCUUCGACCCGCUGCUGGCUACUCUGGACUCGCUCUCCUUGGAAGGCCAGGGGGCAUUGGAUGCAGACGAGGGGGGUUGUUCUAACGGGGAGCUGUUUGGAGCUCUGGAGGGGUUGGGGCUUAGCGCUGAGGACCUGGAGCUGCUAUUGCUUGACGAGCGGAUGAUCAGAAUUGAGAUGGACCCUGAACGGGUGCCCACGCUGGACGACCUGCUGACGAACGACGAGAUCCUUUCAUAUAUCUACGACUCCAUAGAGGGAAGGACUGAUUCCGCAGCGCACGCGGGCCAGGGGCCUCCUAGUAUCGCCCCAGCCACAGUUACAACAUUGUCCCUUCCUCCUACCUCUGACACUAAUGUGCAAAUGCAGUUUCCUCAUCACAAGCCUCCCCUGGUAGGACAGGCUCCCAUCGUGCAGCUGUCGCAGCAGAUGCAGCAGCACCUCAACAUGCGAACAGGUAAAGUGACGCAUAACUGGGGCCAGCAGAGCGACCAUUUGACGAAUACGAUAGUUAAUGGAGAGCUGCCGGGGCAAAAUCAAUCAGUUUCUAAUGGUCAGUGGACGCCGCAAGGCAUUGUCACCAGUGUAGGGAUACAGCUGGGACACUUGAACACGCAACAGACUGUUUUCAAUGGUAAGGCCUCUGCGGUGGAUCAGCAGCUAACACAUCAACACUACCUUCAGCAGCAGCAGCAGCAGCAGCAGCCAAGGAUGCAGAACCAGCUCUCACAGCAGUGCCAUGCCAAACACAAGGCAUCCAAUCUCAAUGGACUGUGUGGCAUCUCCAGCACAGAGCACGCAGCUGGGAAGUCCCAGUGGCAAGACUACAGAUUCAGCCAGAGUCUGGGCAGCAACACCUGCCUCGACAACAGCCAAAAACCUCUGACAAGCACCUCAAUAGAUUCAUGCAUGGAUUAUAGCAUAGAUGACACUGAAAACGCAGAUUACACCAUGAGCGGAAGCGGUUUGUACGGGAGGAGCGGGCUGCAGCAGGGGGCUGAGCCCAUGGUCUCAUCUUUCCAGGGGAUGAACCACAAACAACAGCAGGAGCAGAUCUCGGUUCCUUUGGCUCAGGUCAUCUCCGGCCUGUCGCAGUGCCCUCCCCCCAACGCCUCCCUGGAGCAGAUCCUGGGUGUGGCUAAACCCUGCCGGCAGCUAGACCAUUAUGGCAUGGUGACAUCGGAGAGGCCUCAUGAUCCCAAUCAUAGCAAGAUGGAGAACGGCUGCAUCCUGAGCAGCACUUACCCAGGAGGCUGUGCUCUGCCCAACGGAAACGGACCAGCGCCCCCUACUGUCCAGAGGCCCGGUCCUGAGACUCUGUCAAGCCUCCCCGACCCUCCAGCCACCGGCUUCUACCUCUGACCGUCUGACCAGUGACAGCUAACAGACACUGAUACUGGCCAGAGACACACAAUGACUGGAGCAGCCUUAUAGAAAUCAUAACAAACAAAGCUGAACGAACGUUGGCCUAUGUGUAUUUCUUUUCUUUUUCUUUUUUUAAUAUGGAUUUUAUUUCUUUUGGGGGGGAGGAGGGGAUCAUCGCGUUGUAUUUCAAGACAUAUUAUCAUAUGAGUCCUUUGUUUACAAUAAUGCAGUCAAGAGAGCUGAGCGGAGUUUGUUUUAACACAGCGACAAAAAUAUGAGUUCCUGUGAAGCUGAGUUUCAUGAGUUUGGAUACAAAGCAAAGCACAGCUUAGAUUUCCGAGGCAGCUAAACAUUAAGAUACUGCUGAGACUUCUAAAAUCAAUUAUUCUCUAUAUUAAAAAAAACGCAGGAUUUGGGAUUAAAGUUUGAUGAAUGAACAGUUUGUCCUAAAACAUCUGGAUUACCUUUGUUUUAUUGGUGGGUCAUCCUGAAGUUCACCGCAGAUAAACAACAGGAAAUGUAUGUAUUUAUCAGUUUGGUCAUUUUCUAAGAAAAUUACAAAACAUUUCCUUAUUCCAACCUUUCAAAUGUCAGGAUAUGUAUAUAUAUAUAUCUGUAUCUAUCAAAUUAUCCAGAUUCAAUCAUGAUCUGGUGUUAGAGUUAGGAAAAAUGUGCUUGUCUUUGUAUCCGAACACUGUACGACACGUCACAUCUGUCGGUGCAGCUCUUACGUGACUCUUGCUUUUUGUCAGUGAAGGUCGACGGGAGACGUCAGCUCCCCUCAUAGUUCUUCGUCACGCAACAAGAAUGUAAUCUUUCCGUGUUCAGUGAUUUCUUUGUUGAACAGUUUUACUCGUCAACAAUGAGAUUAUUUUUCGUAUGUUUGGAGGGAAAACAUUCUAGAAUAUUGAAAUUAUGGCUAGAAAUAUCCUGCACUUUAUUUCAAGCACCCACUUAAUGCAGAUCUGUAGUAAGGGACCCUGGUGAACAACAGACCCUGUUUUAAUUUGGUUGUUGUUGUUGUUUAUCUUUGAAGCAAGAUGGACAUGUUUGUAUUUUUUAUACCUACUUUGAGGUACAUUUCAGGUGACGCAUUAAUGUCCUCACAAGCACAAACACUCCUGUACGAUUUAUUAGUGUCAUCAUUUUCAUCUUUCCCAAAUUGAAUUUUUUUUAUGGGUUGUUGAUAAUGUUUAAAAAGUCUUGGACCUCUUGGAUGAGUUUUCUUUUCUUUUUUAAUUUCUCUCUUAUUUUGUUUAAAGUUUAACGGACUUGAUUAGGAGAUCUCACUUAGUUGAAUUUACUGUAUUUAUUUAUGUCCUACAGCAAGCAUUCUGGAUUGUUUUGAAGUUAAUGUGUGAAACAGGUUCUUGAACAAAAGCAGUGAUGUAAAAAAAGAAAUAGAAAAUGUCCUCUGUCGUUCUCCUGCGAAGCAGCUUCUUGCUCUUCUGAGGAAACCAGUAAAAUAUUUUUUUUCUUUUUUUUUUUACAGUUAAUCCAAACCCACGUCCAUCACAGUAUAAAUUAACCCGAGGUUUUAAGGAAAAGUCUGAUGUUUUAGGAAAAUAAAUCUUUUUUGCUUUGUCGCUCAGAGGGAGAGAAUACCAGAGAUGUUAAAUAAAGUUGGACAACUUCACUUCCUCCCACCAUCAAGAAAUGAAGCCACAGUAUCCCAUGCGCAUGUCACCAUCUUGUUCCUAAUUACAUCAUUCUGAGUUAGUUUGCGCACAACCAAUCGUGAGUCAACUAGUUUGUUUGGGUCGGUUGCAGGGUCUGUCUUUCGGGCGCUUUCUUCUUAGCAUUGACUUCGUUUUUGAUCUCAUUGAGUCAACAGGAUGGCAGCGUUGGUAUUUUGGCUUAAUUUCUGGAUAGUGGGAGGCAUCGUUCAAUUUUAUUUACAAUCUUAUACUCAAACAAACAAAAUUAUAUUCCUCCCUCAUCGGAUAUAUUGACUGAGUUUUAAAAAAAACAUUUCUUCUCCAAGAUGUCAGACGUUUCCUCUGGGGCGGCAGAAAACUUUGUUUACAUCAUCAGGUGGCUAACUUCAGGGUCUUCACAGGAUCUUGGGGCAGGUACAGAAUAGUAAACACUGAAAAAAACCAAAUGUGAGUAUUAAAAAGAGAUCUCAUUUAGGAAGGAUUUAGUUCUGAAUGUUUCUUGUACAUAGUGAAUUACUGGAAAAUGAUGCAGAGUCAAGGUAUUUCAUCAAGAAAAGAUGCUGAAAAGAGAUUUCCAUUUAAUUGUUCAAAUAAUGUAAUACUCUCGGUAUUAAUAUUAUUGCUGUAUGUUUUAGGUUGAAAUGUGAUACACACGUCGUACAAAAUGUUUUUCUUUCCCUUUCUUUUUAUUUUCUACAGCAGAAAUGUUUGCUAUAUUUAAUAUGAUUGAUGUGACUUAUUAACAGUGUGAAAAAAAAGAUGUGUAUAUAAAGCAAACCAGCUUUGACAAAUACAGGUAUGUAAAUAGUUUUACGUCGAGUCACUCGUUUCAGCACUAUUUUUAAAACACUCUUAUCAAACUCCUUUUGUUGAUUCUUUUUUCUUUUUCUUUUAAAAAAAGUUGUAAAUAGUUUCCUCAUCACAGAACACUGGACUCUAUGACAGCCUGCAAAUGGUGCCAUACUACUGAGACUUGUUGAAUAGGCUAUAAUGUUGGAGAGUUUAACUUUGUCUUUCUUC